CGCGACGUAACGCGAAGCAGCAACGUCAACCCUCGAAGAACGGUUAAGAUCAUGGCUCGUACCAAUCUGCGUUAUGGCUUGAACAAGGGAUAUCCUACCACCCCCCUUCCCAAGGCAUCUCGCCCAAGCCAACGGAAGGGCAUUCAGUCAACGAAAAACAAGUUCGUGCACUCGAUAAUUCGCGAGGUUGCAGGAUUCUCGCCUUAUGAGAGACGAGUACUGGAGUUGCUACGAAACUCCAAGGACAAAAAGGCGCGGAAGUUGACCAAGAAGCGGCUUGGUACAAUGCUGCGCUCGAAGCGCAAACUCGAGGAGCUUGGUACUGUCAUCCAGGAGAGCCGACGGGCACACUGAACGACAUUCUCGAUUUUAUGCAUUAGCUCAGUAAAUUCGUGUUACUCUCCACCUCAUGCAUGCUAUGCCAUGUCUAUGUAUUACACACUGCGACUCUUCCGAAGGUUUCAUUAUGCAGAGAGCGUUGGUCACAGCUUUGUC